UGCAGCCGCCCAGGAGGGAGGCUGCUGCUGCAGGCCGGGCUGCUCCCCGUGUCCGGAGCCCGGGCUGCAGCCUGAGAGCCUGUCCUCAUCCCCCUGUGCAAGUCCCUGCCCUGGAACAUGACGAAGAUGCCCAACCACCUGCACCACAGCACCCAGGCCAACGCCAUCCUGGCCAUCGAGCAGUUCGAAGGUCUGCUGGGCACCCACUGCAGCCCCGACCAGCUCUUCUUCCUCUGCGCGAUGUACGUGCCCAUCUGCACCAUUGACUUCCAGCACGAGCCCAUCAAGCACUGCAAGUCGGUGUGCGAGCGGGCUCGGCAGGGCUGUGAGCCCAUCCUCAUCAAGUACCGCCACUCGUGGCCCCAGAGCCUGGCCUGCGAGGAGCUGCCGGUGUAUGACCGCUGCAUGUGCAUCUCUCCCGAGGCCAUCGUCACUGCGACGGCGCCGAUUUUCCUAUGGAUUCUAGUAAUGGAAACUGUAGAGGGGCGAGCAGUGAAUGCUGCAAAUGUAAGCCUAUUAGAGCUACACAGAAGACCUAUUUCCCGAAACAAUUACAACUAUGUCAUUCGGGCUAAAGUUAAAGAGGUCAAGACCAAGUGCCAUGACGUGACUGCAGUGGUCGAGGUGAAGGAGAGCCUGAAGUCUUCUCUGGUGAACAUUCCAAGGGACACGGUUAACCUGUACACCAGCUCUGGCUGCCUGUGUCCUCCACUUCAUGUUAAUGAGGAAUAUAUCAUCAUGGGCCAUGAAGAUGAGCGUUCCAGAUUAUUAUUGGUGGAGGGUUCUAUUGCUGAAAAAUGGAAGGAUCGACUGGGUAAAAAAGUUAAGCACUGGGAUAUGAAGCUCUGUCACCUUGGACUGAAUAAAAGUGAUUCUAGCCAUAGUGAUUCCACGCAGAGUCAGAGUCUGGCAGGAACUCUAAGCCCCAGCAAGCACGUAACUAAGUCCUGAAAUGCGGAAAGAACAUUGGUGGACUUCCUAUUAAGACUUGCAUUGCUGGACUAGCAAAGGAAAAUUGCACUAUUGCACGUCAUAUUCUAUUUUUUACCACAAAACUCAUGUGGUAACUGAUAUUACUUCUAUUUUCUCUUUUGUUUUCUGCUUUUCUCUUUCUUCCUCCCCACCCCCGUUUUUUGUGGUCUGAGUGCAGAUCCUUAAAUAUAUGAUAUGUAUUCUAUUUCACUAGUCAUGGGAAAACUGUUCUUUGCAAUAAUAAUAAAUUAAACAUGUUGAU